GGACGCUGUUUACGGAAACGCCUUUACGUCAACACGUGUGCGAACUUGCAGCACUUCUUCUGUGUGUUGGCUUCCACAGAGACACACCUCUGACUCCCGUGAGCAUAGUAAGGGCAUUUAAAAGUUUCUCUUUUCCACUUAUUCUUUCCUCCACUGGGCUCCAGGGAGCGAUGACGGGACUUGGCUGCCGUCUCGAAGAGGAACUCGUCGGAGGGCUGAGCUUCGUGUUGUGACAAGACGACUUAGGUGUCAAGAACUGUGUUUUCAUCGAUGUACCUACUGCACGAGCCUGGCCCCAAUACGCAGGAUUGUGUCCGCGACUCGGAGAAAGAUGCUUGUGAGGAACGUGUGCAAGAGUUGGCUUUUCCGGGUGGCGCUGAAACCAGAGCCAUGUUUCUAUUCCUCGGUGCCGUCCCAGCCGGUUCCCCCUCUGGUCCAGACCUUGCAGGGCUACUUGAGGAGUCUGGAGCCCCUGCUGCCCCCCGAUGAGCUUCGACACACCCGAAAGAUGGUCCAGGAGUUUGCUCGGCCGGGAGGUCUAGGGCAGCAGCUCCAGGACCGACUGGAGCAGAGAGCCAGGACCAACAGGAACUGGAUCACUGACUGGUGGGUCCAGUGGGCUUACCUGGAGAGUCGCCAGCCCCUCGCGGUGCACUCCAACCCGGCCAUCUCCCUGCCCAGGCGUGACUACAACGACUGGAGGUCGCAGCUGAUGUUUGCCUCCAAACUUAUCGCUGCAGUUCUGGAUUUCAAGGCCAAAAUAAACACAGGUCAGCUGCCAGUGGAGUACAUGCGAGGGAAACCUCUCUGCAUGGACCUGUAUCCUCGCCUCUUUUCCUCCUGCAGAAUCCCAGGUCCCAAACACGACUACAUUGCCCACCAUGGCCGCGCCAGACGGUCGCCCACUCACAUCACCGUGGUCAGGAACUACCAGUUCUUCCAGCUGGAGGUUUACAACAGUGACGGUUCUCGGAUGACUGAGAGUCAGAUCCACGGUCAACUGCUGCGGAUCAGGUCUCAGUCCUGGAAGACCGACAAAGAGCCGAUGGGCAUUCUGACGAGUGAGCACCGCCACACGUGGGGUGAAGCCUACGACCGCUUGCUGACAGAUAAACUCAACAAGGAGUCUGUGCGAGCCAUCGAGACCGGACUUUUCUCCUUGUGUUUGGACUCUCCAGUCAUGCGGAUUUCAGAUGAGAAGUAUGCUAGUAGAAAGGCUGCCCAGAUUCUGCACGGGGGCGGGACCUUCUCCAACAGCGGGAACCGCUGGUUUGACAAAACCCUUCAGUUUGUCGUUGGUGAGGACGGCUCGUGGGGUCUUCUGUACGAACAGGCCACAGCUGAAGGUCCGCCCAUUGCAACACUGUUGGACCACAUUCUGAAGUACUGUGAGAAACCAGACCCGAAGCGAGCCCCACUGGUUCCCCUUCCGAUGCCCAAGAAGCUUUACUUCCAUAUUGACCGUGAAAUUAAAAGAGACAUCGAACAUGCCAAGCAGAACCUCGACAUAUUGAUCAAUGAUCUGGAUGUGAAUGUUUUCAACUUCAAAACCUUUGGCAAAGAGCUUCCCAAGCAGCACAAGUUGAGUCCAAACUCCUUCAUCCAGGUCGCCCUGCAGCUGGCCUACUACAGAGUUCACAAUGAGGUUUGUCCAUCCUGUGACAUCGCAUCACAGCGGAUGUUCAAAGGAGGGAGGACGGAGUUCAUCCGCUCACCCACUAAUCAGACCCUCAAAUUUAUUCUUGCCUUCGAUGAUCCGUCUAUCUCGCGUGAAGCCAAACUUGACCUUUUCAGAGAGGCGACUGACGCGUACUCUGCUCUGACUGAUCAGGCACUCCGAGGACAUGGCAUCGACCGACACUUGCUGGGCCUGAAGCUCCAGGCCAUCCAAGAAGGUCGAAGUGUUCCCAAAAUCUUCAUGGACACCGCCUAUGGUCUGGCAACACACUGGAAGCUCCGCACCGGACAGGUUCCAGCAAACACAGACAGUGUGAUGUGUUUCGGGCCCCUAGUUCCAGACGGCUACGCUGUGUGUUACAACCCUCAGGAGAAUCACGUCCACUUUUCCAUCACCGCCUUCAACUGCUGUGAGGAGACCAACGCAGAAACGCUCGCCGUCACUCUGAAGGAGACGUUGUGUCACCUUCAGGAGCUGCUGCAGCCGCCUGUCUAGUCAUGAAACUGUUGCUUAUGUUUGUCGUGGCCACGUCCAAUUGCUUCACUGGAGCAGCUUGAUUCAAGUGUGGCUGAGGAACCAAGAGUUUUAGUUGUCAAUGAAAUUGUACUAAUGCUGACACUCCCGCUUGGAUUUAAUUGUUGGUGCUUCCUUUGGCUGCUUGAAUGUCAUGAGAUGACCCUCUUCACAAAGUGAACUCAAUCAUAACUUGCACUUAUCUGCCCCUUUGGAAAGCAAUAGCAAUGUAAAUGUUUAAUUCUGUGGUUAGCCAAUGUUUAUUUUGAAAUGAGGUCUGUGUCUGUUAAGGACCAAACCAUCUGGUGGUGGUGCUGUGGUGGAAGAAAUGUUGUUACAAUUGGUAUGUUGUUCAACAGUCUAGCAUGGGUUUGUUCACCUGCAGCACUGCUGAAUAAAGUAUUUGUUCAAAAGAUCAGGAUCAGCUGCCAUUUCUCCCUGGCAAAACAAUCUCACUGACAAGUCUUUUCUGCCACUCAUUGAAAACCAAUUCUUCAUUCUUUCAAAAUUGUUGGUUUUACAUGUCAUGUUUAUGAUUUACAGUUUCAUUGUGGUUUAAAA